AACUGCAGCCGGUUACAGACUAAACGGUCCUGCAUUACUUUGCAGGUCGAUCGUCGGUUCGGUACUGGAGGCUGUCGGGUAAUAAAAGGAGGGUUUAUUUCCUCCUCGUGUUUUAGAUGAAGUGCUGAGAGCAUGCUCGAUAUUACCAAUCAAAUGAUCUAAUCUGGACUUUGAUCAGGCUGUUUAACUUGCCAGCUGUCCACGAACUCUUAGUUCUAGUCUGAACUGGACACAACAUCAGUGUUAACUGCAGCGGACAACAAAGAUGUCAGCUGUUGUGAUAACAGAGGGGAGUGUGCAUGUGGAGGGCUGCAAAGCGCCGCUGUUCUACAGACAGAGUGAACCUACUGAAGGGGAAGUGAGGAUGUCCGUUUUGCUCCUUCACGGCAUCCGUUUCUCAUCAGAAAACUGGCUCAACAUCGGCACUCUGGAGACUCUGGCCAAAGCAGGAUGCCGUGCAGUCGCCAUCGACCUGCCAGGACUCGGCCACUCUAAGUCAGCCGAGGCCCCGGCAGCGGUGGGCCAGCUGGCCCCCGCCGGCUUCCUGAAAGAGGUGUGUGAGCAGCUGAGCCUGACCUCGGUGGUGGUGAUCAGCCCGUCCCUCAGUGGGAUGUACUCCCUGCCCUUCCUCCUCCAGCAUCAGGCUCUGAUACGAGCCUACAUCCCCGUUGCUCCCAUCUGCACCGAGAACUUCACAGCAGAGCAGUACCAGAGUGUAAAGGUCCCAUCGCUAAUCGUUUACGGCGACCAGGACAGUCAGCUCGGAGAACUGUCACUGAACAACUUGAGCAAUCUGGCCAAUCACAGCGUGGUGGUGAUGAGAGGAGCGGGUCACCCUUGUUACCUGGACGACCCGGACACUUGGCACAAAGCUCUUACUGACUUCCUAAAUACGCUAUGAAACUCCUCGCUGUGCAUCAGUGGAGAUACUCAACAACAAAAGUCCCACAUAAAGGAUUCAGAGGAGCCACACAAAAAUACACAAUAUUAAUUCUAGAGAAAUUUAGUCCGCAAACAUCGUCCUGCGCAACCUGAUUUUGACUUUUUAAAUAGUACCUGUAAUAAAACUGAUAGGUGGAGGAAAAGAGAAAUGAGGCUCAAACUUUUAAAGAUAUUUUGAGAAAUACAAUUAUUCACUUUGCUGAGUUAGAUGAGAAGAUUGAUAUAUAUAUAUAUAUAUAUAUAUAUAUAUAUAUAUAUAUAUAUAUAUAUAUAUGCUAAAUAUGAUGCUACUGCUCACACACAGCUAACUUAGCUUUGCAUAAAGACUUGAAACAGGGGGGAACCAGCAAACCUGGCUUUGUCCAAAGGUAACAAAAUAAACCUACCAGAACCUCUAAAACCCACUAAUACAUUCCCUGUUUCCGGUUUAGUAGAGGGAAUCCUAUUUAGCGUACGAACAAGAGCGACAGCAUAAUUUACGGGGUUGGAUAACUGACAUGUAUUCCAGCAUAUAUAACCUUUCAGUGACACCAUAGCUGUAAUCCCUUUUUGGCAAGAGGAAAAUGGCAUUUUAUAUGUUUUUAUCUAAACAUAUUUAACCUAGUCAAAAAUUCUGAGUUGGUUAUAUUCUAGGGCAGAGAGCAGUUUAGCAAAAAGUGAUUACAUCUCCUACAAUGUCACUAAAAAGGUUAUUUACGUCUAAAGAUUACAAUUGUACAUUUACGAGUUAUAUUAUUAAAAAACAUAGUCGGGUUUUGUUCUGGUAGGGGUAUCUGAAAAAACUAAAGCCCUUUAGAGGAUUUAUGCCUGUACAAUAACUUUCCACUACCGUUGACGUAAAUUACGCCCCUGAACAUGAAUCGUGUUAAUUAUCUUGUCUCUUUAAGAAAGCCAAUAAGUGUAUUUUCAAGAUCUCUAACUUUUCCUUUUAUAUCAUGAAAUCUUGUGUAUUCAAAGUAAAGGUGCAAUAAAAUAUUUAUACAUGGAUUAUAUAUUUUGUAUGUAACCGGAAAAUAAAUGAAUCUCCACCUGUGUCUCAACGAAAAGACAAAACACCACACGUUGAAAU